AUGCCAGAAAUAGGGUACGACUGCUCCUUCGUCAUGCACGGCAUCCUUACCGUAGCUGCCUUGCACAAAGCGUACAUGAUACCCUCCGAACGAGACAAGUAUCUCGACCUGGCAAGUUCCCAUCAGAAUACCGGACUCGAAGCGUUCCGCGCUUUAUUGCACACUAUAGACGAUACCAACUGGCAAAACUUCUUCUGCUUUGCGUCUCUAGUUAUAUUCUUUGUUGCUUCCGAUCCAGUGCGCCUGGACAGAGACAAAGACACCAGCUUUGAGCACUUGCCAGACAUUACAGCACUCUUCGUCUUUGUGCGAGGGAUAAGGGCGAUUCUUGAACCUUACCAAGGCAGGCUCCAGAAGACAAACUUCGGCCCCAUGGCCCACGGCGUUUGGAUCGUUGAUCCAGGCGAUCCCGAGUACAAAGACACGUCUCUUCGCCACUCUGUUUUACCAAGAGACAUCUUCGAAGCCUUGGAAUAUCUCGCCGCCUUCUUUAAACAGAACCUGUCGGAAGGCACACGCGAUGAGUAUGCCACCGCCGUCAUGGAGCUGGAGAAGUCCGUAUACCUCAUGGCGCACGCCGGUACCAACGUGGAGGUGGGCAUGGUCAUGUUCUGGCCGUAUGUGAUUUCGGAAAACAUCAUGGCGGACAUACAAACCAAGAACCCAUACGCCAUGGUUCUUAUAUCUUAUUUUGCCGUGCUGUUGUGCGUGAUGGAACCAACCUACUGGUUUCUUAGGGGCUGGUCGAGGAGAACCAUCGAGAUUGUUGAUGCACGACUCGCGGGACUUCCGGUACUUUUGGAGGCGGCAAAGUGGCCGAAGAAACAGAUCUCCAAUUUAGGUGGCCACUAUGGCAUGGGCGGUUCCCUUGGAUAA